UUAUUUGAUACAGGGAAAAUGAAAGUAAACAAAACUUUUCGAAAGUUUGGAGAAAGAGUUUUUGGGAAUGCAUACCAACUUACUUUUUCAAGAAGUGCAAAUGGACAACAACAGAAAAUGGCGAAGGGGCUGCCCAAAAAAAUUCCAAUUGCAGGUGUUGAAAAGGUCAUUGUUGUUGCUUCCGGAAAAGGUGGAGUUGGAAAAUCAACAACUGCAGUGAAUCUUGCUCUUGGACUGGCUGCAAAUGAUGAGUCCAGUCGAGUUGGGUUACUUGAUGCUGAUGUGUUUGGGCCCUCACUGCCAACCAUGAUGAAUCUCAAUGCAGAACCAGAAUUAAAUAAACAAAAUUUAAUGGUACCACUACAAAAUUAUGGGAUAAAAUGCAUGUCUAUGGGAUUUCUUGUGGAGGAGAAUGCCCCCAUAGUAUGGAGAGGGUUAAUGGUGAUGUCUGCCAUACAAAGAUUACUUAGGCAAGUGGCUUGGGGUCCCUUGGACUAUCUUGUAAUAGAUAUGCCUCCAGGAACCGGGGACACACAGCUGUCAAUAUCACAGAAUAUCCCCAUCAAUGGUGCAGUAAUUGUGUCAACUCCACAGGACAUUGCUUUGUUGGACGCCAGGAAGGGUGCAGAAAUGUUCCGUAAAGUGGACGUUCCCGUCAUGGGCCUCGUCCAGAACAUGAGUAUUUACACUUGCCCUAAGUGUGGUCAUCAGGAACACAUCUUUGGGAAGGAUGGAAUAGGCAAAAUAGCCAAGGCCAUGAAUCUGGAUAUUCUUGGAGACAUUCCUUUGAACAGACAUAUAAGAGAGGGCUGUGAUUCUGGAAAACCUGUACUGAUUACAGAUCCCAGCAGUCCAGAGUCAAUCAUCUACAAAGAUAUAGCCAAAAACGUUGCAGACAUUUUGAAGACACAAAGAGAUAAAGUUUCAUAAUGAUGUAAAAUUCAUUGUUAUUGUGUGCAUGAUUUUAUGUCCGUGUUUGUGUGAUAAUAAAAAUAAAAUGUUUAUCUAUUUA